UCGAGUCACUGAGAUGAAUCAAACGCCUCAGCACUACUGAGCAUAAGCAGAAAGAGUGGUUUUGGAUAAUCCUCGCAUAUCAUCAGCACUCAGUAACGCGCAUACGUCAUCCCUCUCUUGUCUUGCAGACUCACUGAACCAGCAGCAGCAGCAGCACUGACAGCACCGUCGCAUCCUACUGAAGUAUUAACCAGAGCGACAAAACUGCACAGCCGUGGCCAUUAGGAAAACGUCCAACCUAAAACAGUUUGUUAGGGCUGUUUUGUCCAAACCGUUGCACAAGCUGUCUCUGAGGGUGCGUUGGUGGAUUCCACAGAGGUCUACCUAGACAUAGGCAGGGCACUGCUAUGUUGAAACGCGUUAGAUAUGACUGAUGUCGAGGUGACAUAUGAAGACUUCAUCGCCUCUGGAAGGACCGGCCGACGCAAUGCUGUACACGACAUCCUGGGAAGCUCCGGUGGCCUGGACGCUAGCGGACUCUCCCAAACUCUGUCUGAGCUUAAUAUCAGCAAAGCGGAGGCAGGGAAUGAUGAAGAGAAAAGCCAGAGCUUGGCAGACUCCGAACCCAAGCAGGAAGAAGGCAAAGGGGAAGGUACAUAACAGACUUCAGUGACAGAAUCAGGAAAUACCCCCUCUAGUGGCUGAUUUUAAAACUGAGCAUGGAGGGGUUGACAUUGAAAGUAGGGAACAUCACUCUCCCUUAAGGAUCCGGAUGGAGGAGACUUUGCUUUGAGGAAGCUACUGUGAAAGGCUGGGCCUUAAGAAUCACAGCGUUGCUGUUUUUCGACAGCGAACGCUACUUUAGCUGAUGUAGGUAUGAUUUGUACUUAGAAAUUCACUUUAGUUGUUUGGUACUUAGAGUGACUGGUGGGACUUUGGGCCAGAAGUAAUGACAUUAGAUUGGCGAAGACACUCUUGGGAGAUCACAUGGAUCUUAUUUGGAACGCCACCCGCUGACCACUUGAUUUCGGAUUCACCUAUUAACUGCCAGAGUAGUGCAGCUAAUACGCACUCAAUGUUCAGUCAUUUUAUAGGUGUAGUAGUGUUGUAAUAGUAAUAUCAGAUUUUGAUAUUAAAUUGUGCUGUCUUUGAUAUCAUGUUGAUAUUCACAUAAUAUAAGUGCUGCACAUUUGUUAAACACUCAUUGAGUUCAGAUUAAACUGUCUGUGAUGGUCUUGCAUGGCACUGCUCCUGACAGAACCUGUGUGUAACUGUUCACAUCCCGCAAAGGACUAAUCAUUUGUGAUCCGAACAUUUGCAGCGUGUGGUGAUGCUAAUUCCUUGAGUGUUUUAUGAUGAAAAUUCUUCUUGUAUUAUGAAAUCUAGCGUGAUUUGAAGUCUGACUGACACUGCCUAUUAACCCUUUUGAAAAUGUGUUCAAUAGAGCUUGCCUUAUCAAA